GAACUUUGCUCUUUACACCCUACUACUAACGUGAUCGCGCAGGUUUGCUUGUCAAAUAUUGGCAGUUUGUAAGUAACUUUGAAUAGGUUCAGAGUCUUGCUUGCUCCUCAAAAUGAAGCGAAGAGUCGAUAAAUCCGAAGGUGGUGAACCUGCUACAGGACUGCAAAAGUCUAGUCUGACACUUAAGGAUGUGCAUGCAAGCUCUCACUGGUCAUGGGCUAAAAUAGGACUUAUUUCUUUCCUCGUCCUCUGUGCAACAAUUCCAACUCUUCAACAUGUCCUCUCUGAUUUUGUUGACCUCAGCCAUCCUUUAGAUGUGGGUCUCAAUCACACUAUUAAUGUCUAUCUCAAACCUGAGGAGGGUGUGAGAGUGGGCGUGUGGCAUACAGUACCUGAACAUAGGUGGAAGGAGGCGCAGGGUAAGAAUGCAGAGUGGUAUGAGAAGGCUCUAGGGGAUGGAUCACCAAUUUUCAUCUACCUACAUGGCAAUGGGGGCAAUAGAUCUGCACUUCAUCGUAUUGGAGUUGCAAAUGUCUUAAGUGCUCUUGGAUAUCAUGUCUUGGUGAUGGACUACAGAGGUUUUGGAGACUCGACUGGUGAACCUACAGAGCCCGGACUGACUACUGAUGCUCUAUACCUGUAUAAUUGGAUUAAGAAGCGCAGUGGAAACAGCCUGGUGUGUGUGUGGGGUCACUCGAUUGGUAGUGGUGUAACAACUAACGUUGCAGUUAAAUUACUGGAGGAAGGAAAAAAGUUUGACGGAAUAAUACUCGAGGGUGCAAUGCUAAGUGGGCGAGCGGCAGCCAAACAAUAUGGACAUCCUUUUUCCUGGUUUUAUUGGAAGUUCCCAUAUAUUCAGUUCUUCCUCUUCAAUCCACUGAAAAACAACAAAAUAGUCUUUCCAUUGGAUGAAAAUUUGGAAAAAAUCAGAACUCCGAUUUUAAUUCUCCAUUCCAAAGACGACCAUGUGUCGCCCUUCAGUGUGGCUCAGGAGAUUUACAGAAUUGCAAAAAAGGCUCAGAACUCAGAUGAACGAGUCAAGCUGGUGUUAUUUGAUGGAAAGCAUGGAUAUCUUCAUAAUGGGCUUUAUAGAGAUCAUCGUUUGCCAAAUAUGUUAAGGGAGUUUGUGCAGUCACUGACGGCAUGAGGCACAAUGUGGGAGGAGGAUGCUUUAAUAUCAUAAUAUAAAUAAUAUUCAGCUACUGCAAACAGCUUUUUAUUAUAGUUGGUGUUGUAAAUAAGUUUGCAAUAGUUUUAAAACACAUUCAUUGCUUAGAUAAAAAAAAAUUUUUCUCUGAAAUUUUAUAAGAUGACUCAGUAGGGUGAAUUUAUUGUGUUACUAUUUUUUACAUUCGCUUCUUUUGGGAUUGAAUAGAAACUAUUUUACAAACCUUAAGAUCAUCUGUACUACUUGCUGAAGACUUGCAUGAAGACUCACAUGUCAUCAGAAUCAUCCUCACCAUCAUCAUUAUAUACCUUUGCUGUUUUUCUUGGUUUUUAAAGUAUCUCUUUGACAGACAUACGUUGUAUAAUUUGGACAUGUGUAUGUGUUCAGUCAAUGUUAUUACAGGUUAUUUAUCAGUUAUUAUAUACAGAAGUGUACAAAUCUUUAGGCAAUAGAUUUUGAGGCAAACUGAGUCGUCUCCCAAGUCAAAUUUGCUAAAUUCUCAGUGCAAUACAAAGUCAUAUUUAGUGCUGUUGUGCUUUAUGUUAAACGUUAGUGAACAGAAAACGGGCAGGUAGCCUAUAUUGAAGUAUUUUAAAUCUAGAGCUCGAGCACAUUUAAAUGUACCCAUGUGGGAAACACUUAAAAAUACCAGUAUUUUAAACACGAAUAAUGAUGUACUGAUAUGUAAACUAAAUGUUACUUUACAACUACUCACUUUACUUGGUGGGGCAUAUUAAAGAGCCCAUAUUAUACAUGAAAUAGGGUCAUAUUUUGGUUGUAAGGGUCUCCAAAAACAGUCUAAUAUGCAUGCAAGG